CCUGCCUGCAGUCUCGAAUCGCACAGCGGGCGUAGCGGAGCGUCACUGAAGUGGAGUGAUUUUCGCUGCAACUUUUUGUUGUUUUUACUCACUUUUAUCGCACCAGAAGAGCUUUUUCUAGUGCGGACGGCUCGUGCUGGGUGUUGUGAGACACCGAAACUCGUCGUUUCUGCUGUUUGGAGAGUCGUGGCUGUGCUGCGGGGAGUGUAUGUGUGAGUGCGGGUGUGAGUGAAGGCAGCUCGGUUCAACAAUGGCGACGGCGGCUGCGGUGUCUGGUCCUGCCGGCGGAGGCGGCACUAACCCCGGCUCUGGGGCCGAGCUUGUCCGCGGGCAGGCCUUCGACGUGGGGCCACGAUACACCAACCUCUCCUAUAUUGGGGAGGGCGCUUAUGGCAUGGUCUGUUCGGCAUAUGAUCGGGAUAAUAAAGUGCGUGUGGCCAUAAAGAAGAUCAGCCCAUUCGAGCAUCAGACGUACUGCCAGCGCACUCUCCGCGAGAUCAAGAUCCUGCUCCGCUUCAAACAUGAGAACAUCAUCAGCAUUAAUGACAUCAUCCGUGCCCCCUCCAUCGACCAAAUGAAAGAUGUCUACAUCGUACAGGACCUGAUGGAGACCGACCUGUACAAGCUGCUGAAGACGCAGCAUCUUAGCAACGACCAUAUCUGCUACUUCCUGUACCAGAUCCUGCGCGGGCUCAAGUACAUCCACUCGGCCAACGUCCUCCACAGAGACCUGAAGCCCUCCAACCUGCUGCUCAACACCACCUGUGACCUCAAGAUCUGUGAUUUUGGACUCGCCCGUGUAGCUGACCCAGACCACGACCACACUGGGUUCCUCACAGAAUAUGUAGCCACACGCUGGUACCGCGCACCGGAGAUCAUGCUCAACUCAAAGGGCUAUACCAAGUCCAUCGACAUCUGGUCAGUUGGAUGCAUUCUGGCCGAGAUGCUCUCGAAUAGACCAAUUUUUCCUGGAAAGCACUACCUGGACCAGCUGAACCAUAUUUUAGGCAUCCUUGGCUCUCCCUCACAGGAGGACCUGAACUGCAUCAUUAACAUUAAAGCCAGGAAUUACCUGCUGUCGCUGCCGCUGCGCUGCAAAGUGCCCUGGAACCGCCUCUUCCCCAACGCCGACCCUAAAGCUUUGGAUCUGUUGGAUAAGAUGUUGACCUUCAACCCCCAUAAGAGGAUUGAAGUGGAGGAGGCCCUGGCCCACCCUUACCUGGAGCAGUACUAUGACCCCACUGAUGAGCCUGUUGCCGAGGCUCCGUUUAAAUUUGACAUGGAACUGGACGACUUACCCAAAGAGACUCUGAAGGAGCUGAUCUUCGAAGAAACAGCACGCUUCCAACCAGGAUACAGAGCAUAACCUGCUAUAGUAAUGUGGACCUGGAUUCGAUCGUGCUGAAGCUUCUGUCUCUUUUCAGUCUUCAUCGUCCGUCAACAUCCUCCUCCUUCUCCUCCUCCUCUUCUUCUUGCUGAACCCCAAAACCUAAAGCCAGUUAUCAGAACCAUAAGAACCAUCAGAACCUUUGUCUCCUAUUCAAACCCAAGAACCACCAGCUGGAGGUGGAGUUAAACCCCUGUUACCCUUCCCUUCUCUCACUCUCUCAUUCUCUCAUUCUUUUUCUCUCUCUCGCUUCUCUCUUUCACACACACAAAUUACAUUACAGUACAUUAUAUUAUGUUGUUGACUCCCUUUGUCUCUUGGGAUAUUUGCGUUUAAGUGAGAGUUGUGUGAAAUGAGUAUGUGUAUGUGUGAAUAGGGAGGAUGACGACUAGGUGAAGGAGUAUUACAGUUCAGACUGACCAGAGGAUUUUAGAGGGUUUUUUUAUUUUUUGUAUUUUUUUUUUUUUUUAUGUUGUCUUGUUGUCCAGCUUCAGACGGACCCUCAGCCCUGGUCAGGUUAUUGUCUUACGCUUCAGUAAAAGUCUGUGAUUGUGUAACUGCUGUGCUUUCUUCUAUUCUUCUGAGCUUCUCGUCAAUCUUACUGUUUUAAGAACAACACUGCUUUUCUGUAAAGCGUCCGUAAAGCCAUUUCUCAAGUCCCUUUGAGGCCAAACUUAAAGCAGGGAGAGACUGAGGGCUCUGACCUCCGACGUCACCGUUAACGCAUAUAUGCAGUGGACACACAUUUAUCCACAGGGUGCGUCUCGAAUUUUCUCAAAGCGCACACGAGCGUCUCGAUUUGCCAAGGUUUUGCCAUUUUGUAGGCUUUUAAUUAACGGUUUCUCCUGGUCUGAACCUGCACUCGGACACAGGUUAUUAUAACAGGUUAUAACAGGUACACGCCACGAGGUCCUUCAGUAGUUUCCUUCGACAGUCUAUUCUAAAUGUAUGACUCUCUCUUUUCACAGCGUACCGUAGAGUAGAAGUUCCUGCAUGGUGCACAAAGCCAGAAACUUGUACAGCACAGACUAGCAUUGUCUUGUCUAAAAGAUUAGUAGAUUAGGCUUAUACAAUUAAGAGUCGUUUCAAUCUAGAUUGGUUCCACUAAAAAAAAUAAAAAUAAAAUAAUAAAAAUAAAAUUGCAAAACCAAUCAAAUAUACUCAAGCACCAAAGAUUACUUGAUUGCUUUGAGGUUAAUUUUUGGCACCUUGGACAAAUGUGUACCAUUUGUGUCCCUAUUGAAUAUUAUUAAGGAAGAUUUGAAUUUUUUUUCUUUUUUUCGCUGUUUUCAGGCUGCCUGUACUGGUCAGGAGGAAAGAUCCUGAGAUCUAAUGUUGCGUUUUCACUGCAUGGUAGCUACAGUAUUCAGCUGUACUCGACUCCACUCCUUUAUCGCACCUGGUUUGUUUUAAUUAUUUGGGUUCCAGGUUCUCGGUUCCAUGUUUGUGGCUUUAAGAUAAAAAUUCAAGAUGACAGUCGAUGCUCGAUCUGAGUAAAUUCAGUUGAAAAUCUGAGUUGAUGCUCAAAUUGAGCUGAUCGGUUUAAGUUAGUUUGAGUCCACAUUCAGUUUGAGUUAGUCCAAGUUUAUGCCCCAUUUGAGUCAAUUCAAGUUUUUUAAGAUUUGGGUCACUUCGAGUUGCUGCUCGGUUUGAGUCAGCCCAAGUUGUUGCUCAGUUUGAGUCCACACUUGAUUUGAGUCAAUUUAAGUCCUCGUUUGAUUUGAGUCAGUUCGAGUCCACACUUGAUUUGAGUCAGUUUGAGUCAACACUCAAUUUUAGUCCAUUUGAUUCCACACUUAAUUUGAGUCAAUUUGAGUCCAUGCUUAAUUUGAGUCGAUUUGAGUCAACAUUCAAUUUCGGUCUAUUUGAUUCCACACUUGAUUUGAGACAAUUUGAGUCCAUGCUUAAUUUGAGCCAAUUCGAAUAGACGUUUAAUUUGAUUCUAUUUGAGUUAACACUCAAUUUCACUCCAUUUGAGUCAAUUCAAAUCCAGUUUAAGUCUAUGCUUGAUUUGAGUCAGUUUGAUUCAAUGCUUAUUUUGAGUCGAUUCAAGUCUAUGCUUAUUUUGAGUCGAUUCGAGUCAGUGCUUGAUUUGAGUCAAUUCGAGUAGAUGCUUGAUUUGAGUUGAUUCAAAUCCAUUUUAAAACUAUGCAACUAAUUUGAAUCCAUUCAAGUCGAUGCUCAAUUUGAGUCAAUUUGCAUUGAUGCUUAAUUUGAGUCGAUUCAAAUCCAUUUUAAAUUUCUUUUAAGUAAAUUCGAAUUCAUUUAAGUCAAUGCUAGAUUUAAGUCAAUUUAAGUCUAUGCUUGAUUUGAGUAAAUUCCGGUAGUUGCAUAGCUAGACAGUUAAGUUCAGUCAAAAAAUCAUGUUACGUUUGAGCCAAUCUUCGAUUGGAUAGUCGAGUCGGUACAGUGCAGUGGAAAGUGCUGUAAGAUCCAGGAUCCCAGGUGGAGGCGGGCUCUGAAUCAGGUGCUUCUAAUGUUAAAGCAGCACACAGGGCUGUUGAGGAGGCGGGUGGGGUUAGUGGGGGUGUAGAACUUGUUGAAGGCUAAUGUGUGGCUUCAGAUAUCCGUGUAAAAUCGGUUUAUUAUUAAUCUUAAAUACAGAAACUCUUCUAAAUGAACUAAACAGUACAGUGGCUGCUGGUCUGUUCUGCAGGUAGCUUAUAAACCUGUUUGUUUUUUGUCGCUCUUUCGCUUUCUCUUCUUCCAGUGUGUCUCAGCCCCACCUGAACACCCCCACCCUAAUACCCCCAUCCUUACCCCAGCACUCCCUUUUAACUUUCUCUUGCCUUCUAUUAAUAAGACUGUGUCCUUGCAUGACUGUUAAAAAAAAAGAAAAAAAAGCUUUCUAUACAAAGAAAAUGGAAGUGCCACACUGCUGGGGAUUCCGCAUUGGGACUCUCAGGUUUUUGUUAUAUCAGACCUUUUCGUGUUCCCACAUUUACUAUAAUAGUAUAAGAUGCUUCUUUUUCCUUUACGUUUCCUUUCAGUAGUUGGGAUUUUUCGUUUCUUUUCUUGAAUCAGUUUGCUUGUACAUUUUGGAUUGAUGCACAUUUUUUUUCAAGCUAGUUUCCUUUUAGCAUUCGAAUAUAUUAUACUGUUUUGGAGAUUUUUAAAGGAAUAAAAAUAAUAAGAAAAAUAAAACAACAAAAAAAGAAAAACAUACAUACAAACUCAGCCGGAGGAAUCAUGAUGUCAGGUUUAAUUGUAAAAAAAAACAGAAAUAAUAAUAAAAAAACAAAACAAAAAGAGCCUCUAGCCAUGUAGAUGUUCACUACAGGAAAACACACACACACACACACACACACAAACACACACACACAGACACACAAACGCAGAUGAGCUCCUAUUAUACUAAACGCCAAUCAGCUCUGUGCUCUUGCUCACAGUGAGCUGAUUACUUACAACAGUGAAUUACGGCCACUGUAUUAAAUAGUAAACUUCAAGAAUAAAGUUGUUUCUGAGAAUAAAGUCAUAACUUUUUCUAGAUUAAAGUCAUAA